AUGGAUUUGCAAGUUCAACGUGGAGGUCGCAGAUUUACCACCAGCGCCUACCUUGAGCGACUGAAGCGCCGACAGCUCUCUGCCAUUGGAGAGAAGUGGGAAGACCUGGUUCCUAUCCGCUUGGAGAUCGAUCACGAGGGAUGGAAGUUGCGGGACACCUUUACCUGGAAUGCCAGCGAUGAUCUCACCUCGCACGACGAGUUCAGCAAGAACCUCUGUGAGGACUAUGGAUUGCCUGAAUCUAGCUUUGUGCCUCUUGUGCGCGAGGCGAUCCAGGCUCAAAUUAGCGAGUACCUCUCUGCAAAGACAUCCAGUGUUGACGGCACGCUCACGCGAACGAAUCCCGAGCUCAGGAUCAAUAUCAAGCUCGAUAUCACCGUGGGAGCGAUGAAUCUCCUUGACCAAUUCGACUGGGACAUCCUCGAUGAGACAUCGUCGCCCGAGGACUUUGCUGCUGCUUUUGCAGCUGAUCUGGGUCUGGCGGGCGAGUUCAAGACGGCCAUUGCCCAUUCCAUUCGAGAACAGGUGGAAGUGCACUUGCGCUCCCUUGCCCUCGCUGGUCAUCCCUUUGAUGGGACAGAGGUGUUGGACGACGAGCUCAAGGGCGCUUUCUUGCCCGGUGUGCAGCGCUUAUCAGUCACCAGAGUUGGGCAAGAAGUCGAGGAUCACACGCCACGACUACUGCAGCUCACAGAGGCCGAGGUGGAUCGACAGGAGCGAGACCGUGAGAGGGAUUCUAAGCGCAAGAAGCGUCAAACAAGAGGUCGC